CUCGAGGGUGGCCAAUUUACGUACCAAGAAGAGUGGGUGUUUCGCAGCGAUCGGGAGCAAAGAACCUCCGUUUUCCCGUAUUAUCCUCCCUGCGAAUGAAAGGGGGUGUAUCGCGAUUAGAUCCGCGGACCAGUUGACAAAAAGCAAAGCAACCAGGAUACGGUGCCGACGGUUGCACACGCUGCGGAACGUAGCGACCCUUGCGAGCCCUCCGUGGGGCUGUGCUGGAACGGAGUUAAGUGUGUGGUGUGUGGUCAUCGUUGCGGUCGGCCCCCUUUUGUUCAUCCCCCCGUUGUUCAUAAAGCAAACGUGCCCAAGACGGCUUCUCCAGGAUGAGCGAUUUUCUGAAAUCGGCCAUGAGCUACUUCAACGCGGCCCCUUCGAACGGGCUGGACAACGAAUUCGUGGGACAAACGGUCGAGGUGGCGAAUGUAAAGUUGCGAAUCAAGCGUGUCAUAGCGGAAGGUGGAUUCGCCUAUGUGUUCGUGGCACAGGAUGUACAAUCGGGAACGGAGUACGCGCUGAAGCGAUUGCUCGGUACGGACAAGGAGGAGUGCAACAACAUCAUCCGGGAAAUCAAUGUCCACAAGCAGGUUUCCGGUCACCCGAAUGUGGUCAAGUUUGUGGCCGCCACCUUCAUCGACCGCACGCAAACAGCCAACACGCAGCGGCGGGCCGAGUAUCUGCUGGUGUCGGAACUAUGCAAGGGUGGUUCACUGUACGACUGUCUGGAGCAGGAUCUGGCCCCCGAAACGGUACUGCGCGUGUUCUAUCAGGCGACGAAAGCGGUCGCACAUCUGCACAGUCAACCGAAACCUAUUAAUCAUCGCGAUAUUAAGAUUGAGAAUUUUCUGAUCGGAAGCGAUGGGCUGCUGAAGCUGUGUGAUUUCGGUUCCGCAUCAACCGACAGCUACGCACCGGAUGUGACCUGGAACGCGCAGCAACGGGACACACUGGAGGAUGCGUUAACACGCUGUACAACACCCAUGUACCGUGCCCCGGAACAGCUGGACACGUGGGCAAACUAUCCGAUCGGUAUUCAAAUGGAUGUGUGGGCACUCGGCUGUGUGCUGUAUCUACUCUGUUACCGCAAGCACCCGUUCGAGGAUUCGGCCAAACUGCGUAUCAUCAACGCCAACUAUACCAUUCCGAACGAUAGCCGGUACGCGUGCUUCAGUGAAACGAUCCGCGGUUGCCUGCAGGUCGACCCCAAUCAGCGCUUCGAUACGUCAACCGUGCUGGAGCGUUUGGCAGCGAUCGCUGAAACGAAAGGGUGGCCAUUGAAGGCACCACUUGGGCUGUCCGGUAAACCGUUAAACUCACCACCAUCCGGUGUGACCCCGUCACCUAGUCCGGUUCAUCGCGUAUCGAAUGGUGGUGGUGCUGGCGGUGGUGGAGUAGCACCGGAAAGACCGGCACCUCCCAGACCGACCGUUGGUCCACCACCGGGUGGUGCUGUUCCGGUUGGUCCCGAUGGUUCCUUGAACAAAAACAAGUACCCCCAGCGACCACCCGAUCCAGUGCGAGUGACAGUGAGUGGCGUAGCAGCACAUGGAGGCCACGGAGUACCACCUUCGCAUCACAUCGGUGGCCCAGCGUACGGACAUCCUGCAGCCGGUGCUGGUGGCGGUGGCGGCGGCCUGUUCUCUUCGAUCAAGGGAGGGGCGGGCAGCUUCUUGAAGAACCUGAAGGAUACAUCUUCGAAGGUGAUGCAAACCGUACAGCAAAGCAUCGCACGGACCGAUCUCGAUUUGAGCUACAUUACGCAGCGCAUCCUGGUAAUGCCCUGUCCAUCCGAGGGACUCGAAUCCACAUACCGGACGAACAACAUCGAAGAUGUGAAGGUGUAUCUGGAUACGCGCUAUCAGCCGACUAAACUGAGCGUGUACAAUUUGGGGCCACGGAGUAGCCCACGGAUGCCACCACCGGUGCGUACUGUCGAGGCGGGUUUCAUCUAUGCUCCGGUUCCACUGUCCAGCACGGGUACGGGCAAGGCACCACUGCUCACCGGUCUGUACUCGCUGGUGGAAGACAUCUACGGGUUUCUGAGCGCUGACCCGAAAACGAUCGUCGUCAUUCAAAGCCCGGACAGUGGCCGAGCCUUGGCAGCGACCGUGGUCUGUGGAUUGCUGAUCUAUGCCGGGCUCGUGACGGAACCGGAAGAUGCGAUGCAAAUGUUUGCGAUCCGACGAAUGCCACCGAAUAUGCGACCGUCGGAGCUGCGGUAUCUGUACUAUCUGGGUGAUAUCGUGCGAUCGGUUCCACAUCUGCCCCACUACAAACCGGUCACGCUCGUUUCGCUAUCGGUUGCGCCGGUUCCGCGUAUGACGAAGGCACGCGAUGGUUGCCGGAUGUACGUGGAGGUGGCCACGGCCGAUCGGACGGUGUUCUGUACGCUGCAGGAUUACGAACGAAUGAGGCUUUACCAUUCGGCCGAGGGCAAGAUCGCCCUGGCAAUGAAUGUGACCGUGUGUGGUGAUGUGACGAUCAGUUUGUACCACGCUCGAAAUGCUCUGGGUGGCAUAGGACGGCCGCAGGGUAUACGCAUAUGCCAGCUGCAGUUCCACACAGGCUACAUUCCGGAGGAGGAAACUCUGAUCAACUACGAUCGAUCGGAACUGGAUGAGGUACCGGAUUUGGAGCACGUACCGCAAAAGUUUGCCGUCGCGUUGAGCGUGUUCGUUGGUGAUUCGGAACGUCCCCCGGCUUCACAGCCACCGUGGCGAUCGACGAAAGCGUCCCGUGAUCCAAAGAUUCUGUUCGCCACCCAGCUGGAGUAUGAGGAGAAUGUCGAUAAUUUCAUCACCAAACCGAGCAGCAAAUCUGCAGCUGGUGGAGCGAAACCACCGCCGCCUCGCCCAGCACCACCUUCUCCGCAGCCUGCCCGUCGGCCGGUUGGUGGGUUUGUGGAAGCGCACGACGUGAUCGCUGAUCGAGAAGCUGACCUACUGAAUCUGAGCAAAUCUGGUAAGGGUUCAGCCGGGACAGGUGUUGUCGAGCAGCAGCAGCAGCAGCAACAGGAAGUUCAUCAUCCAGUCGAACGGCCUUCAAAUGUAGAGGAAUCGUUUGAUUUACUCGGAGGACUAUCACCUCCGGUUGUCAAUGCGCCGGCAACCACAGCGACUGAGCCGCUUACUGGUACCAAAUCGGCUGUCUUGGAUGACAUUUUCGGAGCUUUCGAAGGUGUCGGCCCAGCAGUCGGUGGAGCAACGCUAACAGCUACCAAGUCUAGCAGUGAUCUGAACGGACUGAACUUGAACUUUGACCACUUUGGUGGUGUUGCACAGCCAGCAGCUGGCCCGACCGCUGGACCUGCCGGACCGUUCAGCAAUGGUUCGCAGACGGACGUGAAUGCACCGAAUGCUAACAAUAGUUUCGGGUUCGAUGCUUUUGCCGGUGUAGGCCCCCAGGUGUUCUAUAACAGUGCUCCCACUCCGAUGGCACAGCAGUCUCAGCAACCAGCGACGCAGCAACCGAAAGAUCCGUUCGCAGACAUUGGCAAUCUGACAGCUGGUUUGGUUGCCGGGGCAACGACGAAUACUGCUGGAGGUGGUAGUGGUGGUGGUGGUGGUGGUGGGGCUGGAUGGGGUACCAAGGGUGGUAUGCCUUCAGCGACGACACCGAGCCCUCGGUCAACACAGUUCUCCAGUCCUACGCAUCACUUUAGUGGCGCUAGCACGGCCAAUCCAUCGCCAAGGGCACCUUCGACACCGAACCAUCAGCAGCAGCAGCAGCAGCAGCAGGUGCGCAGCCCGAACGAGGGCCAAUCGCAACGACAACCCGAUUACAGCCGCUCGCACUUUGCUGACCCUUCGACCAAAGGUACGACUCCGAACAAUGGUAAUGGCAGCAAUGGUAAUGGGGCGGCCGGUGGCCGUUCGGGAGACAUCUUUGGUGACAUUCUCGGUCAGCAGGGUUACUCGUUCGGUAGCUCGAAAAAUCAGGGCCCACGCACGAUCAACGAUAUGCGCAAGGAAGAGCUCGUGAAGGAGAUGGAUCCGGAACGGUUGAAACUGAUGGAAUGGACCGAGGGCAAGAAGAGCAACAUUCGAGCGCUGCUUUGCACCGUCCACACGAUUCUAUGGCCCGGUGCCAAAUGGACAAAAUGUGAAAUGCAUCAGCUGGUAACGGCGGCUGAUGUGAAGAAAAUUUAUCGCAAAGCCUGCCUAGCUGUGCAUCCGGAUAAGCACACUGGUACCGAAAAUGAAAGCAUGGCUAAGCUGAUCUUCAUGGAGCUGAACAAUGCUUGGACCGAGUUUGAGAGCGAUGCCAGCCAGCAGAAUCUAUUCGCUAACUAGGUCGUCCGCCGUACUCGCGAUUAGAUUCGCAAGUACUGAAGUGAAGGGGGAGGAACGGAUUGUACUCCGUUCGUUGAUCUACUACACCAACUCAUCACAUGCUUCGGACUGAUAAGGCUUCACAAUGGGAGGUAUCAUAAAAUGAGAUUUUAAAACAUUUUUUGUUUUAAUCACAGUGCAAUCCAAUCCCAUUUGUUGUUGGGCGUUGGCAAUGGGCGUCGAGGCUUGAAGGAAAAGAGAAAUAGUGAGCCGGGGAGGGAGGGUCGGUGAUGCGAAAAGAGAGCGAGAAAUCGAAGGUCUCGGAGAUCUCGCUGGACCAUCAUGAAUGUUUUCAAUCAAAGUAACACCAUCGAAGUCGAGCGAGGAAGUUGGAAAUCGACGAUCGAUCGUGUUAUCGUAUCGAGUGUACGAAGUUACACCCGUACAAAAAGGCAAAGGAACUGAAGAAGAAACGCGACUGCUCUUAGAGGUAGACGAUCAUGUGAUAAUUUGUUCUUUCCUUAGGUCAACCACUAUGACGCUUGUUGCAGGAAAUGCAUUUUGUAGUGCAUCACAGACGUAUAUAAACAUAUACAUUCUUUACUUCCCCGCCCUUUCUUAGUUAGUUCAUAUUUUAUUUUUAAUUCCAUAUUUUAUAAGAGUAAAUUCCUGGGCUCUUCAAUGUCCCCCGCCAGCUGCGUUUAAUGUGAGGAUUGCUUUAUAUAUUUAAAAGAAAGAAGGGCCUGUUUAGGUAUGAUGAGAUGAUGAAACGAAUUGGAAAAUCCCAGGAAAAGGUGAUAUCGGAAGGAAUGGUUAAAUUUGUGUGAUUUCAUGUGGCACAUCUGGAUUUCAUGUGGUUCUAGCGUUGGAAAUUAUGAGAAAUUUUAUUCCAAAAUCAUCCUAUCCAGCAAAGUUUUGUUUGAGAUUAAUGCCUCAAAAGUGUUUGCCUUUACAAAACGGUAUCGAUGAUACGUCUUACGUUUUGUUGCAGUAGAUUAAUGAUGUAUGCGAAAUCCUUUAGCCUUUUGACUCGUUUUUGGGUUUCUUUUUAGUGGUUUUAACCAACGUUGGAUGGUUUGCAAGAGUUUGAAGUUGAAAUUAUGUUUAAUGAACGCGCAGUAGUUGUUGUCCACAGGCUGGAAGGUGGCCCAUCCCAUACUGUGUUGAAUUAUUUGAUAAUAGAAAGAAUGGAAAAAACGAAACAGAAAUAACCAUUACCAACGGAACACAAUAGAAAUAGCAUUGCGAUAGUAAAUGAAACACACAGCGAGAAAUGAAUAUUGCGCCACAAACACAGCACAGGAUUGUCCUGUUCUUCUGCACGCGGUUCAAUUUUAGAAAAAAAACCUACUUCCUAUCCCGUUGUUGAUGAUGCUGUUUAGCGCGAUGUACGUGUAUAAGCCAGUAACUUAUUCUAUCAUGUAGCUAAUGUGAAGUAAAUAAAAUGCGGUUAAGUAAGGUCGUUGGAGCUCAGUCAGAGUGGACGGUGUAGAGUGUAUAUUGCGUAGGCUAUUGCAUGGUAAGGAGCGGUCGUUGGUUGGAUGGAUGGAUGAGCGAUAGAUUGAGCGAUCGGUGGCGUAGAAAAGGACAUGUAGUGUAGUGCAACCCUGCGUACACGAUGCAAUGAUACGCACUCAUUUCUUGUAGACGUAGAGGCUGGCACGCGUCGGCUGCGGGGAGUGCCGCGAGUGUUGAUGAAAGGAAUAUGUACAACAGCAACUACUCAACUUAUUAAGAAGCUAUGGCAAAGUCGAUUUCAUUCAUAUAUACUAAUGCCAACACACUAUGGCAAUUACUGGUUAAACAGUAGCAGUAGGGGGGACUGUGUUGGGUACAUGUGUAUGUGAGCGAUAGCGAGAGAGCGAGCGAGCGAGCGAGAUUCCUUCCAAAUGCGUUCCAAAAAAUUCCAUCGAAAAAAUAUUAUACAGAAGGGUAGCGGUUAGGACACAUCGUCUCGCUAUGAUGAAAGAUGAAACGUUACGUUUUGCUGUAAAUCCACAAUUCUUUUCUUCAACCGGAACCCUGUCCCGUCGGUGACACUGCGCAUAGGGAUGGAGCUAGAUAACCGCUGCAGUCGGUGGAAACUGUGAUUUAGCAGUUUGGUUGGUAGCAGAAACCUUAUCACAUUGCCUCGAUUUAUCGCUGGAAGGUUCCGUGGGAUGGAGCAACCAACGAUGAUUAUGUUGCAACACCACAGAUUAACUUAUCAGCUCAACCCCGGUUUCCGUUUCCUUUCGGCCUGCCCCCCAUGCGAACGCACCCCGUUUGUGGAUUGUUCACUUACACAACGACCUCCAACAGAGCGCCUGUUACACGCUAGUGCUUGAGCGUUCCCACCGGGCAUUCAGCGGGGUUGCGUUUCAGUAAGCAGUAAGUUUAAAUUACAAUAACAGACCGAUGCAUAACAGCAUUCGCGAUGAAACCCCCAUUUCCAGUUUAUCCCGUACACUCCAGGAAAGAAUGUUGCACAUUGUAAUUGAAUGCGCAAGACAAACAUGAAUUCCCUUCUUAACAACUCGUUCUCGUAUACACCACUCUACUCGAGCAUAAAGCAUAUAAAUAUGUAUACAUUACAAUAUAAAGUGUUGAAUCAUG